CUAUCAUCAUUGGUAACAGAUGUCAUUGAAAAGGCCGUAUCUGAGAAGCGGAAUCCCGAGUUUCUUGAUUUGUUCAAGGCUUUACAGGCUGAACCCCAGUGUUAUGCUUGUGUUAGCAAAUUGAUGAAAAUUGCUUUAAAAAUUCCAAUCACUUCAUGCAGUGCCGAAGGAGUGUUUUCGAAGUUGAAGAUAGUCAAAUCGCGACUGAGAUCUGCUAUGAAUCAAAACAAGCUUGAAAACCUUAUUCACAUGUCGGUGGAAGUGGAUUUGUUGGAGAAUCUUGAUUUGGACAGCCUAGUUCAGAAGUUUACUGAUUGUGCUCCCAGAAGAAUGAAUUUGGUUUAG